AUGACUGCCGCCUGGAAAGCCGCUGGUUUAACCUACAACCGAUACCUGGCCGUCGCGGCCCGCGCUGUCCGCCGCAGCCUGAAGGAGGACAAGAGAAUCGUUGCCGAGCGCCGCGGCGAAAUGGACCUGCGUUUUGCCAAGUGGUCGAACGGCAAGCAGGGUGAGGUCAAGGACCUCGGCGCCGCCAACGCCGCCUCCAUGGCCGAGAGCGCUUCCUCGUAA